CAGCCCUCCCAGAAGAUGGCUGAAAUGGUCGUUGAUCGCCCCCAUUCACCAGCACGCCUCAGUCACACGUCCGAGAAGCAUCCGCGGGCCACGCUGACGGAGCUCACCGUGCUGAGGAGGCACAGGGAGCUCUGCGACGUCGUCCUCAACGUCGGCUCGAGGAAGAUAUUCGCCCAUCGUGUCAUACUCUCGGCAUGUAGUCCCUAUUUCAGAGCCAUGUUCACGGGGGAAUUGGCCGAGUCGCGUCAGACGGAGGUGACCAUCCGUGACAUCGAUGAGAUGGCGAUGGAGUUGCUGAUCGACUUUUGCUACACGUCGCAUAUAAUCGUCGAGGAGGCGAAUGUGCAGACCCUCCUGCCAGCAGCCUGUCUUCUCCAAUUAACCGAAAUCCAGGAUAUCUGCUGCGAGUUCCUGAAGCGUCAGCUCGACCCCUCGAAUUGCCUAGGGAUCAGGGCCUUCGCCGACACGCACUCCUGUCGCGAGCUCUUGCGAAUCGCCGACAAGUUCACCCAGCACAACUUUCAGGAGGUGAUGGACAGCGAGGAGUUCCUCUUACUACCUGUCGGCCAACUCAUCGACAUUAUUUCCUCGGACGAACUCAACGUGCGCACAGAGGAGCUGGUAUUCAACGCGAUGAUGAAUUGGAUCAAGUACAACUUGAGCGAGCGACGGCAGCAUCUCGCCCAGGUUCUCCAGCACGUGCGACUGCCCCUCCUUAGUCCGAAGUUUCUCGUGGGCACCGUCGGCUCGGAUCUUCUUGUGCGCUCGGACGACACCUGCCGAGACCUCGUCGACGAAGCCAAGAAUUACCUGCUCUUACCGCAGGAGAGGCCGCUCAUGCAGGGUCCGAGGACUCGGCCGAGGAAGCCGACUAAGCGAGGAGAGGUGCUGUUCGCAGUGGGUGGCUGGUGUUCGGGCGACGCGAUCGCAAGCGUGGAAAGAUUCGAUCCAAAUACCGUCGACUGGAAGAUGGUUGCGCCCAUGAGCAAAAGGAGGUGCGGCGUCGGCGUGGCAGUGCUGAACGACCUGCUGUACGCAGUCGGCGGCCACGACGGGCAGAGUUACCUUAACAGCAUCGAGAGGUACGAUCCUCAGACGAAUCAGUGGUCCUGCGAUGUGGCACCCACGACGUCCUGCAGAACGAGCGUCGGAGUCGCUGUCCUCGACGAGCUGUUAUAUGCGGUGGGAGGCCAGGAUGGCGUGCAAUGUCUCAACCACGUUGAAAGGUACGAUCCGAAGGAAAACAAGUGGUCGAAGGUAUCGCCGAUGGCGACGCGACGACUGGGUGUGGCCGUGGCCGUGCUCGGAGGUUAUUUAUACGCUAUCGGCGGGUCCGAUGGCCAGUCUCCACUUAACACGGUCGAACGUUACGACCCGAGGCAGAACAAGUGGUCCCAGGUGUCCCCGAUGUCGACAAGGCGCAAACACCUGGGCUGCGCAGUAUUUAAUAAUCUCAUCUACGCGGUCGGCGGUAGGGACGACUGCAUGGAGCUGUCUAGCGCCGAACGUUACAAUCCCCACACGAAUUCUUGGAGCCCAAUUGUCGCUAUGACCUCCAGACGAAGCGGGGUGGGCUUAGCGGUUGUGAACGGCCAAUUGUACGCGGUGGGCGGCUUCGACGGCACGGCCUACCUCAAGACGAUCGAGGUCUACGACCCGGAGCAGAAUCAGUGGCGGCUCUGUGGCUGCAUGAACUAUCGUCGCCUCGGCGGUGGCGUUGGCGUGAUGCGCGCACCCCAGACGGAGAACUACAUUUGGUAGCUCAGGCCCCCCACUUCAGCCACGACGAUGGCUGAAUGCACGACGCCUCUGACAACGCCGGUAACCCCAGUGACACCCGUGACGCCACCAGCGCCCAUAUCCGCACCUCAUCAAGCGAACAAUUCCAAUACGAAUACGAGGAAACGAUAUCGACGCUCCAUGAGCAUCAUUUAAUAGUGAAUACCACGUGCACCUUCUUUCCGCAGCAUCGACAUCUUAUUCUUCCCAUGCCC